AACAACGUCCAAGUCACGCAAAUUUAGAGCAACGUCUGCUCGGUCGCAGAGUUCACAGAUAAGCGAUUUAUAUCUUUUUUUAAAUCAAAAUCAAAAUCAUAAAAACAAUGGACCUUUCUUUCUUGGUUUAGUAGGACAACAAACCCCGUAAGAAGAGUGGAGGGAAUGUGAGACGCGAAAGAGAAAGGAAAUGGGCCAUUAGUCACCAUAAUUGCGAGUUUGAAACAACUUGCACAAAGAUUGAUUUGUCUUUUAUGGACCCUUGUAGUGUGGAUGGCGCACACCAAUCCCCAGAGGCAGACAUUGCGCCGUUGUCUACCCUUGAUAUGCUGAAGGGGGAAAGUCGGAUGUUCAGUUUGGCAGGCGGAUCGUUGGAGCUCUGAGCGAAUGUGGCUUAAAUUGGAUGAAUUAAAUGUAAACAUCGCCUAAUCAGGAGCGGCUCUGAAAGAAACAUCGCAUCCGAUACGAGGUUCGGCGAGCCGUGUGAACGGCCUGGCGGUUUCUUCUAUGUUGCAACGAACGAAGCUCCGCCUACACUGCACUCCCCCCCUUCGCAUCACACACACACACACACACACACACACCGUGGAUAGAAGCAAGAAAAGGCUAACAAUGACGGGGUAACGGUGGUCUGCUGGAACUCGCUGCCGUUCUUUUGUGAAUGUAGAGGCAGAGGCAUGCAUUCAGCGUGCAGUCCGUAAGAACAGUGUUCAGUCGAAGAGAGUGCACCCGUCCCGAAAGCCAUGAUAGCGGGUUCAUUUUUCAGUUGUGCUGAAGUUUCCUGGAAUCUAAAUGGACCAUAAGAAGUAAGAGCCAGCUGUGGGCUCACGUGACCCGACUGUGACCUGGUCCCUGAGCUGCCCGGCCCACCCGGGUCCUGAGGGGGGAGGGCACUGGGAUGAAGUCGAGCAUGAAGCACUGGAAGCAGCUGGCUCUGGUCGGGAUGCUGGCCUGGGCCCUGCUGUUCCUGGUGCUGCUGUCCUACUUCAUGGACUCCCGGACGGGCGAGUCUCACUCCACCGCCCCGCUCUCCCACGCCGAGACCCGGCGCCUGGCCUCCCUCCAGGGCAUCAACCGCGCCAUCAUGGGCUCGCAUUCCGAACCCACCGCCCCCGACCCCCAGGAGGCCGCCGCGGGCGCGGACGCCGACCCCCGGAGCCUGGCCGCGUGGUCCACUUUCGGGACCACCGGAGGGAACCCGAGGGACAAAGUGACACGGACCCGGGAUAGGCCCGUGGGGAACAGCGAGGCCGAAGACGAAGGGGAGGAGGAGGCGGGGGUGGAGGAGGAGGAGGAGGUGGAGGAGGAGGUGGAAGAGGAGGAGGAGGAGGAGGAGGGCGGGACGGCCAGGACCACGCCGCGGAGCAAAGCGCGCUGGGAGAACAUCGACGACCUGGAGGAGUACUACUUCUCCCGGUCCAAGUCGGCCAUCUUGGGCCUGUGGCGCGGGGAGGCUUCGGCGGCCAUGCUCAGCCCGCGGCUGCAGAAGGCCAUGAAGGACUACCUGGGCGCCAACAAGCACCGCGUGGCGUACGGCGGCGUGCGGCGGGCGGGGCGCGGCGGCCGGGAGGUCCUGUGCGAGCUGAAGCAGCGGGCGCGCGUCCGGGCCCUGGACGGGACCGAGCUGCCCUUCUCCCGGCUGGGCUGGGACCGCCUGGUGCCCCCGCGGCCCCUGGACCAGCUCUCCAGCCCCGGCUUCCGCACCUGCGCCGUGGUCACCUCCGCCGGGGCCAUCCUCAACUCCUCCCUGGGGAAGGAGAUCGACUCCCAUGAUGCCGUGCUGCGGUUCAACGCUGCGCCCACGGGGGGGUACGAGAACGACGUGGGAAACAAGACCACCAUCCGCAUCAUCAACUCCCAGAUCCUGGCCAACCCCAAGCAGCACUUCAACACCAGCUCCCUGUACAAAGACGUCACGCUGGUGGCCUGGGACCCCGCGCCAUACACUGCUAACCUGCUGAAGUGGUAUAACAGCCCAGACUAUAACCUCUUCUCCCCGUACGUGCAGAGGCGUCUGCGGCAGCCUGCCCAGCCCUUCUACAUCCUGCACCCCAAGUUCAUCUGGCAGCUGUGGGACGUGAUCCAGGGGAACACCCAGGAGAACAUCCAGCCCAAUCCCCCCUCUUCCGGCUUCAUCGGCAUCCUGCUGAUGAUGUGGCUGUGUGAGGAGGUGCACGUGUACGAGUACAUCCCCUCCCUGCGGCAGACGGACCUGUGCCACUACUACGAGCAGUACUACGACUCGGCCUGCACGCUGGGGGCCUACCACCCCCUGCUGUACGAGAAGAUGCUGGUCCAGCGCAUGAACACGGGCUCCGAGCACGACCUGAAGAAGAAGGGCAAGGUCACGCUGCCCGGGUUCCGCUCCGUGGGCUGCGACCCCUGACCCCUGACCCUCCCGGUCUCCCAAGGGCGGAGGUCCAUGCAAUAACCGCCACGGGUGAUCUCCACGGGCCAUUCGCUGUAGGUGCGGAUCCCGAUAAUUUUUUGUCCAGGCUCGGUCGACCGUGGGGAAAAAAAAACGACCACGACCGUAAGUUUGCCCCUUAGAUCAAGGCUGGUCUGCCAGGAAAAACCCACAAUAACCCCACCACCACCACCACCCCAUCCCCUUUCUCUCCUUUGAAUAAUAUAAAAAAUGAUCAUAUUGAAUGGGGAGGGGAAAUGAACUGGUCCCCCAGUCCAGGGAAGGAUAAUGAGGUGGUCUUGCUCUGUGUCUGCUGAGCCUGAAUUAAAAGUAAUAACUAAACGUGGAGCUUAGCAGUGACCAACAUAGCAAUAGAGAAAACUCUCCUAGGGCUGUAACUUAGAUAUGUGGAUGUGCGUAGCCGUGGUUAAGCUGUUCCCUUGUGGAUGGAGAUCUGUGUUAUUUACUGUUUUAUAUUAACUGCAGUUUGCCGAGAUGGUUUGGAAAAGCAUUGUGGUUUCCUGCUGAAUGUUACAAAGACUUCCACAACCCAACAAGCCUGGCCAACGAGCAACACGUGGGCUUGUGUUAGCCAUCUCCAUGCUCCAGUCAUCAGGUGGCAGGAUGUAAAUGUUUGAAUACAGUGAAUGAGUUUUGUUAAUUAAUGCUACUGUAAAGUCUUUAAAAAAAACAAAAAACUGAUGCCAAUGUACAUAUGUAAUCUCACACCUGUCGGUUUUUCAAACAUUUCACCACAUAUCGCCUCCCCGCUGAUAUGUCACACUAUGCCGUGAGACCGUCCCUCCCACGCUGCUCUGUCACAACAUAAACCUGCAGCAGUGUUGGUUCUCCUUGCAAUAUUGACAUGAGCUGCCAGAUUUCAGAGUUUACCGUGUCACGAUUAGCAGGGCCGCAUCGUGAUUAGCAGGGCGGUAUCACGAUUAGCAGGGCGGUAUCACGAUUAGCAGGGCGGUAUCACGAUUAGCAGAGCGGUAUCACGAUUAGCAGGGCGGUAUCACGAUUAGCAGGGCGGUAUCACGAUUAGCAGGGCGGUAUCACGAUUAGCAGGGCGGUAUCACGAUUAGCAGGGCGGUAUCACGAUUAGCAGGGCCACGUCGUGAUUAUCAGAUCCACGUCCCGGUUAUAGGUCCAAUCUGAUGUACUAUAGGUCCAAUCUGAUGUACUAUCGGUCUAAUCUGAUAUACUCUGGGUCCGACCGAUAAUAUAUCUGGCGUAACGCUCCUGACUUUCGAGCCCCAGGUGAGUCCCUGUCUGUUUGUUGGAUGCAGAGGUGGGAGUCUAGUUUCAAACGUGGUUUAUGGUUUGGAUCACCACACAGAGCCGGUCCUCUCUGCGUCUGUUAACGUGAGGUCGGGUCCCCCUUUUUCGUAUUUUUGCAGUGUUUCCUAAAAUGUUGCAUGGCUCUCAAGCACAAGACGAAAAUGGAGAGGGUGCAGCAUUUAACUACAUACUAUUAACGUACACGUUAAAGUGUCGAUCCUUAAUUCGUUUCAUAUUGAUCCCUUUUCAGGGUGGCAUAUUUGUAGCAAUAUUGAUUCAGCGUGUUUUGUGUUGUUAAAUUGUUCUUCUGUUUGCGGUUGUCCGCUGGUGGUGUCGGGUGAGACAAUCCAACCAAGUGUUCACAUGCGAUGACGCACAGGACCUGCAUUCCCACUGCGCAAGUGCCAGUGUCUAAAAUCACAAAAAGCCUCUUUAGAAUGAGGGUUGAUGUGUUGCUCAAUAUUACCGUGUCAGACCACAUUGUUGGUUGUCUCGAGGCGGUCGUCUUUCUGAAACACGCUGGAUUAUCUUUGAGAAGUGAGCACUCGUUGCUCCUGGUGAUAGCUUAGUUUUGAAUGAAAUGGUAUCUUGUAAGUCGCUUUGGAUUAAAAGCGUCUGCUAAAUAACAAAAAUGUAAAUGUAAAAAUGUAUCUGGAGUGUGGAACCAACAAGCUUUUGUGACCACCAAAACUGCAGAAAUUGAGGAUAGUCACUUUCAUAUCGUACGAUGAAUCCAAAAGUUUCCGAUUUGUGUGAGGUGUAGAUUUCCUUCUUUUUAACUCAAAUGCCAACGUGUUCUUCCCCCCCCCUUCCUGUAAUUUUGCAACACUUGCCUGGAAAUGGCGGAUAUCGAGGCUUGGAGACCUUGAGCCAUCUUCCCAUGACUCUCUGAUUUGCGCCAAUCAAACGGUUUUGCUUUAAAAAAAAAUGAAAGGGCUUUGAUUGGCUGAAGGGUGAUGUUGCUGACGCUUUGCUCCCCUGUGUUUGUACAUGUUCCUUUGUGGGGAGUCCUGCUUUAUGAACACUGUCGGUCAGAGCUGGCUGUGCUUUUAUUUGGCCAUGUCCUGACCAUAUUUCAUUUCAUGUUUGUUUUUUUGGGGGGGUUUUCCCCCCCCCCCAAACCUCGGGCACCGAGAUGCCUUUUCGCACGGGCAUUACGUGUUCCCGGAGCACGUGGCGUCACGGAAACCGCUUCAACUGGAAACGGACGUUUUGGGUGUUUUCUUGGAAAAAGGUUUUGACUUUUUAACUCAAUAAAUAAAUAAAUGAUCCUGCUGAACUGUGGGGAGAGGUCAGAGGUCACCGUGCCUCAGCCCCCGGGAGUGGGGGCCCCCGUAAAAAGACCUGUUCUGUUGGAACUGCUGAGAAACCGCCCCCUCCCCCACCCCGUAUCCUGCCUGGGACAUUCGUAAGGAGUUACCCCCCUCUCCGGUCUUCACUUUUCAUGGUCCUGCAUCAUUUUAGUGUUCUGGAAUCUUCUGCUGUGUAAACAUUAUGAUGUCAUUGGAGGCAGUGUUCUGUUUUUGAUGAUGUAACGAUGAAGAGGAACCCACUGAGAGCAUUAAGGUCCUCCAGGAUGUGGGUUCUGGUUGUAGUGAGGCUUUGGGUUCAGUGCGGUCUGGUCUUAUGUGAGAUGAGAUCGUCAUGAAGUAUUAUAUGUAUGUGGUCUGAAAAGGCUAGAGAGGCGGUCGUGAAGGGAAUGUUACCUUUUCUCAAACUUACCUACUUUCACAAAACAUGUUUUAGAGCUGAAUGCCUCGGUUCUCUUAUAUAUACUGUGUGUGUGUGGUAUGUGUCCGCACGUCUGCGUCUACGCACACAUACCUAUGUGUGUGUGUGUGUGUGUGUGUGUGUGUGUGUGUGUCGGUCAUUUCAUUUCAUUGAAAAAGAUAACUUCCUUAUUUGAGAGCAUGUCUUUAGGGGACGGAUAAAAUGUGAUUUAUUCAGCGUAAAUUUGGUGAUCUAAGAAAUGACUCUUUCUAACGAGCUUAUGUAGAUAAGGCCCGGAUAAAUAAUUGUGUGUGUGAGGAGCGCGACUAAUCACGAGGGUGGAAAACAGAAAACGGGUUACUGGAGGAAGGCAUAUUUUAUACAAAAACGCUCGUAAAGCGGUGUUCUCCUGCUAUAUCCCACACCGAGUUGAUCUGGUGCGGACACGUCGCUGCUUAUCUUUAGCCUAAGAUUGCAAUAUGCCGACACACAGGGAGUUAUUCAGUGUUCCUGAAGGUGGAAACGGCCGCCGUAACGCCCUUGACGCUGUCAGAAGCCGGUGCGGUGAAAGGUUCAGGGUCACGGGCGCAGAAUUCACGAAACCUUCUCAACCGCCUCGAGCGGCUGGGAGAUGCGUGUUGUCGCAGUCAAACUGAGCAAUGAGCCUGGAAGUCAUCCCAUCGAAUGGAAUACGCCGACUGGAUAUUACAACCCGUGGCCCGACGUGAAUACAAAAGAACAUUCUGUCCAUGAGGCUGCAUCCAGAUUUAAUGAGAACUAUCACGACAAACUUUAAAAUUUAAAACUCUAAGAAUAAUUAAUAAUUUAAGAAUGCGACAGAAAAAAAAAAUUCUGUUUUCACACCCAAGCCAUUUCCGCUCGUCUGUUACAAAUUCUGUUGACCGUGUCUUCUGUGUAGAUAUCUUAUGGGGAGUUUUCACAGUAAUUCUGUGGAGAAAAAGGCUUUAAUUACGCAAUUGUUUCCCUGGGCCUUGAAUGUACAGCAUAUUGUUUGACAAAAAUAAAUUGAGUGAAUAUAGUCCUGCGUUCAAUCAAAAAAAUGAUCUUCAAAGUAAGCACAAACAUACCUUUUUUUAAGUUUAACUUUCUGUGAAGGGGGGGACAAAAUGUCGCUUUGCUAGUCAGCUGAAGGUGGUGUUUAUUAGAAUUCCAGUACAGCAGAAAUGGCUGUUUUUUCAUCACGCACACACGGUGUGUCAGAGCAGGGUUUCACCAUGGCCCUGCUUAUCAAUACUGAUGUAAUGUUUUUUUCCUACUGUUUAUGUGACACUUUUUAAAAAUAACUUUCCAGCCACUGUGUAAAUAAGAUGCGUUGAUGAAUUUAGUUGGCACUCAGAAGUCAGGUAAUCUGGAGUAAUUGUUUGGAAGCUUUGAAAUCUGAUGCCUUUUGCUUUGAUUGGCUGAUGGUAGAAUCUUGAUACUGUGCCAAAUAAAUGGUUUUGGAGGUAGUACUGUAGUCAUUUAGUACUGGUCACUGAAGACCAGUUAUUCUGGAAAUGUUAUAAAGACAUUCUCCCAGGCCCUGGGCUUCAGACUGGAAAGAUAGCUGUUGCUUGUUGAUGCACAGAACGGACAGUGCAUCAUGUAGUGAGGUUCAUUACUUGAUUUCGUUUUUUUUUGGUAUUCAUAUGUAUUAUGAAAUUACUGCACUGCUGAGACAGCAUUUGAAAUGUUAUUCAAUCAGUUUUACAAUCUUUCAGCACGUUUGUACAGCCUUAAAUACAGGCGGGUAUAAAGUAAUAAGUGUAAAUCUCACAUUGUUAGUCGUGAAUCAGAAUGAAUUUCAACAAGCCUGCGGGCGUUUAAAGUCUUUUGGUUUGUUUUUACUCAUUUGACCCUUUUUUGAGGAGAUUAAAAUAGGUUUGUACUGAACAUUACCGUUUGUAUACAAUUUGCAAGUUUUUUUGUUUACUCAUUGUUUUCUACUCUGUAAAUAAAAAUACUGUACAUCA